AUGCUGACGUCGACCGCGAGAACGAAGAAAUUGAAUGGUUGCGUAAAGAAUGACACCAAGGAAAGCCCUACGGUAUCGCGUACUCCUGCCAAGGACGAUGACGGCCACAAUUCAUUUGGUCGAAGAUCACUGCCUCGCACUGCAAAGGUGGUAGCUCAGCUCGAUGGCUACCAGGAUCAGUUUAAUUCACCUGAUAAAAACCACGGGAAAAGGAAGACUCAAACUGCAGCGACACCUGCAACAAAAAUUUCACAACAGAUGGCCACAGUUCUGACUUUCGAAUCCCCUGAGAACUGCAGGCUUGGUUUGAGGACAGAGCGUAGAUCAGCAACGGUUCAUCGCCGACUGGAUUUGUCUUCUGCGAAAGUUACCCAUGAUAGGGGAGGUUCCAACCAUGUCGAGGUCGAGCGCGACGAGAACAUUCCACCUAUGGGCGACACCGUUGGACGUCGUUUGCCUAAGAGGACUGUGAAGGUCCCGUCUACUGUCACGGAAACGUCUUCUAGAACUCCACUAAGAAUGAAGAUUACUAAAAAUAAUAACUCUGCUAAAAUAUCAUCAUAUUCAGUCAGGAAAACAGGAAAUCAAAUGCGAUACCGAUCGCCAAGAAUCUCUAGCAGAAAUUGUGCUCCUGCUCCUCCUGAUGCCAGAGUAAUGCCGGUAAUAGUGCGCCUUCGUUCUGUUGUUCCCCACGUUGACGGCACUGUAGAAUAUCGAACUGUUGGAUCUGAAAGUCCAUGGGGCGUAAAACGCUCACCUGCUAAAGUCGUUUUCACUACAACUUUGAACCCCGGGUUGUUUUCCAGCAGAAAGUGUGAUUUGACUUUUGAAACAGGACAGUUAGAAUCUUCGGCAAGCGAGUAUUCGAGCGAUGAAAGCGAUGAGAGUGGAAUUGCGUCAUCUGAAGACGGUAUGGAACAAGAAAAUUUAUAUGAAAGAAGGACGUCUGUUAGUAGGAAUAAGAUUACCUUCAAAACGAUCGCUACGGUAUCUCCUGAAAAGAGACGCAGCAAUGCCACUCAUAAUCCAAGGGCGGCUGUUAAAAAAGUUCAAACCCUCGAGGAUUUCCGCCGCCGACUUCACACAGCCGCAGUUCCGGAGCGUAUGCCUUGUCGUGAAGAGGAGGCAGCAGAAGUCGAGCGCUUCAUCCGUAAUGCGAUUUCUGUAUGUGGUUCAAGUAGUGCAAUGUAUAUUAGUGGUGUUCCUGGAACAGGAAAGACAGCUACCGUCAUGUCGGUGGUUAAGCAGUUAUGUCGGGAUAAGUCAUGCAACAAGUUCUGUUUUGUAUCUGUCAAUGCUAUGGAGUUUAUAGAGCCAAAGAAAAUAUUCGUUGAAAUAUAUAAUCAGAUAACUGGAAAUACCACGCGCAUUUCACCGUUAUCUGCACGUAAGAAGUUGAAUGUUAUGUUUGAAAUUAUCGACAAGUAUCGCCCUCCUAUAGUGAUACUCGUGGAUGAACUAGAUCAACUCUGCACGAAAAAGCAAGAGCUCAUUUACGACAUAUUCAACUGGACUUCUGCCGAGUCAGCACGUGUCUCAGUAAUGGCGAUCGCGAAUACACUGGAUCUCCCGGAACGUAUGCUUUGUCAGCGGAUCACAAGUCGUAUUGGGUCGGCUCGCAUUUGUUUCCAGCCAUAUGAGUUCCAGCAGAUAGAAUGUAUAAUUAGAGAUCGCCUGAAAGGAUCGCCUAAUGCUGUGGAUGAAUCUGCAGUCCAGAUAGCAGCAAGGAAGGUAGCUGCCGUGACUGGAGACUUGCGUAAAGCAAUGGAUCUACUUCGUCGUGCUAUUGAGAUAGCCAUUGAAAAGGGUGCGAAAAAGCUGUUGGUAGAACAUGUUCUCUGUGCUACACGUGAAGCAUCUUCUACUUUGCUUGUCCACUUUGUGAAAGGACUGUCCAAGCAUUCACUACUUCUUUUCAAAGCUGCUAUUUCCCUUGCUGAAAAGACGGACGAUUUUUCGUUUGCCGAACUCUACGCCCAGUACGCCUCGUUUGCUGCGUUGGUUGAAGGCAUUGCUCCAUUAGUUGAAUCCACAUUGCUCUCGCUUGUUGGACAACUAUGCUCGUAG